AUGGCACGGGAGAAUGCAGUUCAGCAUCUGCUGCUGCUUUUGCUGCUGCUGCUUUUGCUGCUGCUGCCGUAUAGGGCCGCUGCCUGGAUGUCUGGGAUGCACGCUCCGCUGCAGCCAGCUUGGCAGCUGACAGCAGCACCAGCAGCAGCAUCAAGAGCAACACGGCUAGCAGAGCCAGCAGCAGCAGCAGCAGCAGCAGCAGCAACAGCGGCACUCGAGGCCCCUUCAGCUGGCUUUCUGCACUCCUUCUUGCCUGUGCAGCAACUUCGUGGGCGGACAAGCCCCAGCAGCAAGAACCCCACAAGCUUCAGCAGCAGCAGCGCUCUGCUGCAGCAAAUGGCGUCCAGCAAGCCGAAGUCAAGGGCCCCUGGGACGCGGCAGCUGCAGCGCAUGCGGCAGCAGCAGUAUGAGCUGCGUGUGGCGCUGCAGCAGAAGAACAGGUGUCUGUACACCCCAGUGCCUCCGCAGCUGCAGCAGCACCGGCUGGAACAGAGGUUUCCCACUCACCUGCAGCAGAUGCGGGUGCCCCUGAAGAAGCAGCCGAAGCGAAACAGAAAGCUGACGGAAAUGCGCACAAGGCUGGCCUGGCGAUUUGUGCAACAGCACCGAGAGCAGCUGCCCGAGCUGCUGCAGCAGCAGAAGGCUCUGCUGCUGCACCCAGAGCAGCAAGAAGCGGUUAAUGCUGCUGCUCAAGCGCAUGACAGAGCCACAUAUGACAGUGUUUGGCGCUCUUUCACUGCCACUCGAGUUGUGCCGCGGCUGGCUCUGCUGGCGCGGCAGCAAGAGCAGCAGGCACGAGAGCAGUUUGAAGCUUUGCAAGAGCAGCAGCAGCUGCUGUUGCUGCAGCAGGAGGAGUUAGAGCAGCAAGGCGGGCGUGGCCUGCUGCAGCAGGUGCAAGGAAUGCACAGGCAAAAAAAAGCUUCACUAGAAACACAUAGCGCCUUCGUCCUCACAGAAUGGCAGCAGCUGCAUGCCUUGCUGGGUCUUCGCGUCCCAGUUGAAGCGCCAAUGGGGCCAGCAGCAGCAGCAGAAGCAGCGAAUGCAGCUGCAAAGAUGCGGAAACUUGCAAUUCAAACACGGAAGCCGUUUUUGCAGUUUUUGGUGGACUUACAGUUCGUCACUGAGCAGCAGGAAGAUCUGGUGCAGCAGCCACCAGAGCACUACUGCAACUCCCUGCUAGAGCAGCAGCAGCAGCAGAAUCAAGACAUAGAGGGAACAAAUGAUUUCACAGCAGCUGAGUGGGAGCAGCAGCAACAAGAACAGCACCGGCUGCAGCAGCGGCAGCAGCACGAGAGAUCCAUGCGGGAUUUCCUGUCCAUGGCCUCGCCUGUGCGGUCUGGCCGUCUUGCAUCUGACGUUCAUGCCUUUGCGGAAAUGCUUGAGAUGACACCUCCGCCUGUCAGCGAGGACGCCCAAGGCCUAGUAGCAGCGCUUCAGGAACUUCACAGGGAAAAUUUCACGCGUUUCUUGUCUCGGGCGUAUAAAUUUUCAAAAAGUUGGUCUCUCUCGGGGAGGUACUUUCUGCUGGCAGUGGCCAGGCGGCAGCAGCUACUGCCGCGACGACCUGCUGCUUCGGCGUGGGACGCAGACACGGAUAAUUUAGAGGUGGCUAUCGACUCUUUGGCUCUUCUUUGGAGGCAGCCCCCCUCUGCCGCGUCAGAUGAUGUGCUGAUUUUCCAAGAAAACAACGAAAACAAGCAGAAGUUAGAACAACAGUCGCUGCCCUACCACCAGCAGGUGUUCCUUGAAGAGUUGGACGGAGCAGAUGUGCAUUACCGCCAGGCGCUCGCAGAGCCACUGCUCCGCGCAAUACACGAGAAGGCGGGCCCCAUCCUUGGAGCGAGGCCCCAAGUAUAG